CGCUCUAGCCACUCGUGUUGGUCUUUUUCCUCAUAGCUUGUCUCUUCUCUCUCUGGUUCAGGCUUUAGCAGUGAGUGACACAGGGAGCGUCUUCCCCUUCCUCUCCUCUUGGUCCCCAAACAUCCGUUCCUGGUCUUCCUCUGUCCUUUUCUGCAGUUCAUUCGUUUUUCAUCAUUCGCAAUUAGGAAUAACUGUGUGCUUAAGUUACUCUCUGUCUUGCUGUUGCGGUGCUGCUGCUUCUCUUGGACUCUCCAAUGGCCAUACUCUUUCAUUCUGUACUUAUCCUUUGCUGGUUUUUCCUUUAGGAAAGAUGAAAUUGAGGUCUGAGAAAGGAUGGAAGACUUUGGUGCCUCUUCAUUUGAAGGGUAAAUCAGCACUCAGUUUUUCCCUGUUCCCCAAAGUCAAUUCAACUAGCUAUGGUCCUGGCGAAACCCCAGUUUAUCUGAAUGUAUAUGACUUGACACCCAUGAAUGGUUAUAUGUACUGGACAGGCCUAGGUAUCUAUCAUUCUGGUGUUGAAGUAUAUGGUGUAGAAUAUGCAUUUGGGGCUCAUGACUAUCCCACUAGCGGUGUCUUCGAGGUGGAACCUCGGCAAUGCCCUGGGUUCAAGUUCAGGAAGUCAAUAUUCAUAGGAACCACCUGUUUGGAUCCUGUACAGGUCAGGGAGUUCAUGGAACGCCAGUCAACAAAGUACAAUGGGGAUACAUAUCACUUAAUUGUGAAGAAUUGCAACCACUUCUGCAAGGACAUCUGUUUCAAGCUGACAGGGAAAUCAAUUCCAACAUGGGUUAAUCGACUGGCCAGACUAGGUUCAGUUUGCAACUGCAUUCUUCCAGAAGCACUCAGAAUUUCUGCUGUGAAGCAUGAUCCUAAUUUUCAGAGUCGUGACAGUGAAAAAAGAAGGCUGCGAAGUGCCGUCAACUGCCUGUCCUCAAUCUCAAUGCGGCAAAAGCACUUGUCAACGUCUUCACUGUUUCUACAGUCACCCCUGAGAGGGUGCUUAUCGUCAUGGGAAUUGAGGAAGUCCAUUAAAGAAGGAUAACAAGCUAAUCUGAGAAGGUAAGAAAUGCGAAUGUUUGAUCAGGACCUGUCUUCCUACUUCUGACUCAGUCUUGAACAUUGGAAAUCUUUUAUAAGUAGCUUUUGCAUUUCCCCUUGAAAACAACGUCGCUUGAAGUUUUUUAUACUUUUUAACUGUUAUGGCUCCAUCUGCUGUACAUCCAAUUGAGAAUUAUCGGUUCGGUCCUUUCGGAGGUGAAGAAACUAGAUUUAUAAAGCUUCACCUCUGUCAGCUGUAUUUCUUUGUUGUAAUAUGCCGCGUCUAGUUUAAAUUUAUUUCCUUGUUAUAAAUUUUA